AUGCAACAGGACGGGCUUUCCGAAGCGGUGCGGGACAGCAUUUCGAAAAUCAAAGUGUACAUCGAGAGCGGCCUGGAACGCCGAGACGUGUUCUUGAAUGGCUCGACGCAACUCAUGCCGAAGCAAGGCAACGAAGUCUUCGCAUGGAUGCAGAACACCUUCGGCGAUGGCAUGCCGAAGCUCACAACAAUGCCAAAGACAGCGGACUACAUCGAGGGAUUGGCCGCUCGCUUGGAGAACGAGCUCUCGUCCCAGAUCGAGGAGCAGCGGCUACAGGAGCUCGAGAACCAGCUAGACUUUGGGCCAGAGGAAGAGCUUGACCCUGAAGCACAGGCGCGAGUCCUGCAGAAGUCCUCGCUGCUGGACUCCAUGCAGUUUGAUGGAGAGCGGCCAAGCAAGAAGAAGAAAGUUGCUGCUGCAGCUGGGAAGCUCGCUGCUGCGGCUGUGCCGUGUGGGCCUCCGUCGACGAUUGCUGCGGGUUUGAGUUCCGCUUCCUGCCGUCCUGCGUCGGACAGCGCCGCCAUCUUGGACGGUGCCUCAGUGACGUCCGCAGGAUCCAAGAAGACGAAUAAGAAGCUGGAUGCUGAGUUGCUCGCCCUGGAUGAGGACAUGCAGAUGGUGGCGCAGUUCCACAUUGAGCACGGGAGCAAGUCUGGCUCUGUCAAGUCAUUGGCAAAUCUUCGCAUCGAGAACUUUAUGUCCCAGACUGGAGGCCAUGACGCCAGGAAGAUCCGUGACAACAUGGUGAAGUAUGCCGGCGACUCCCAGCAGUAUCGAUUGCUUUCUUCCCGGAUUCGAAGCUGCGAAGUGACCCAGCUGCUUGCGACAAACUCGGCCCAGACUUUGGUGGAAGCCGCAGAUGCAGAUGAACGCAUGAAGCUGCUCGAGCCUCUGGCCUCGUCCUUCACAUGGUCCCUCCAAGCCAAGCUGGGUCUCAUGUGUGCCAUUCGAACUUUUGCGGCCUUUCGGAACGACCUCGAGUCCACUGAGGGGGAGCUGAGCCAACAGCAACGCGAGAGCAACUCGCAGAUCAUCGUGGACUGUGUGUUGCCUAGUCUGACCAAGGCUCCUUGGCAGUACGAAACGCCUUGCCUGGGCUCCUUGCUGAAUGAUUGCAUGCAGAAGCUGGAGCACACGACAGAGGCCAUCGCCACGGGCAUGGAUGAGGAGGAGGAAACGGCGCAGGCAGCAAUGGAUGCUGCGGUGAAGGAGUCUAAGAAGAUGUUGCAGGAUGCCGGAACGAUGCUGUUGGAGUUUCUGAGCUGCAACCACUUGUUCUACAUCUUCAAAGAGCUCUUGAAUUUCCAGCAGGGCAUGAGCAUUUUCGUCAUUUCCAUGCUGCAGGGCGUGUCUGUGGCGAAGGAGGCGCAUGAGGCUCUGAAGGAGCGGGACGUCGAGGACAUGCUCUCAGAGCAAUGGGGGGAGAUGGGCUCCGUGCUCGAUCGAUGUGAGAAGAUGCUGCGGCUCAUGGCAUGCGUCUUGGCCCUAGAGGUUCCGGAGCCCAUGCAACCCAUCACGAGUGCUGAUUUCACUUGGUUGGUGGAGAAGGUGCCCAUCACUUUCCCAGAAAAGACAUUCCGGGAUGUUGUGGACAGCGAGGCCGACUGGAGGGCUGUCUGCAAAGACAUCGUGCGGACUGCUGGCAGCACAACAAGAUUGCAGCCACAGCUUCUGAGAACAAUGUCUUCAAUCGAGCAGCUCAGUUCCGGGCAGGUGCCCUUCACAGCAGACCGGCUGGCAGGUCUUCACGACGAGAUUGUGGAGCUGGGUGAGGGGCUGCGACAGGUGCACGUGCAAGCUUUGAACCGGAAAGCCAAGGAUGCAUUCUGCGAUCACAGCCGGAAGGUCCUGGAUGGCUCAGUCAGUGGGGUGAGAAGCCGUGAUGUGGAAGCAUUGCUGAAAUGCUUGAGUAUCUUCCAGAACGAGAGCAGUGUGGCCGACAUCAUGAAGGAGCUUCAGGAGUGGGCUAACGACAGUGCCCAAUCCAUGGCUCUCGUGGACCUCAAGGACCUCGCCGCUGUCUCCGAAGCCAACGCUUUGGCUGACCUCGCAAAGGUCCAAGCGCUCAUGCCCCGAUUGCGCAAGCUCCAGAGUGACGAGAAGACGGAGGACGUCUACGAGGCAGUGCUCUCGCUUGUCGUGUGCUGCUUCCGCACACUGCUGAAGGAGGUGCGACAUGUCGUGAAAUUCCAUUGCUCCAGAGUCAGUGCUCGGGGUGUCCACUGGCUGGCGGUGAAGCAGGAGCAGGGGCGCUUGUCACAGACGACGAUGAUCAAAAGAUUGGGGCUCAUCGAUGGUUUGGCAGCACUGGUCGUGGAUGCACAGGACAUGCGGGCCAAGGCGAUCAAGACGCAUGCCAUCGUGCUCAAGUCAGGUGCCGCCCUCGCACGCUCCAUCUUCGACUUCGAAAAGACCGGCAAGGACGUGGAAAUGAGGUUCUCUCGUGACAAGAACAAUGUGGGCCUACUGGGUGUGCUGAAGACCUCCUCUGGGUUUCAACAGAACGUGGUACAGCUCCGGACCGCGUUCGAGGCAUUGGCCGAGAGCAUCCAGAAUGAGAUGGACGAGGAGCCGGAACCAAGGGCAUCGCAGCAGAAGGCCACGGAUUCGACGCAGGCGGAGGUUGCUGAUGAUCUCAUGGGCCUCGCAGGUGCUUUGGUGCCAGUGGAGGGCAGCGAAGCCAAGGAUGUGCAGGACAAGGACUCUGCUCCUGAGGCUCAGGACAGUGACAAGGACAAGGACAAGGAGCCACGCAGAGUCCAGAUGCUCACAUUGGAGUUGCUGGGGGUGGACAGUCCAGGAUGCUUUGAUGUACACCUCACGAGUGACGUCAUUGUGGAUGGCAUGCUUCGUGUGUUGAGUGUGCGCGAUGAAAGCUUGCGAAAGCGAUUCAAGGAGCUUGACACCGUGCUAAGCAAUGUCACGGGGGAGAAAUGCUGGAAGAAGAGCAUUGACCCUGCCAGCUCCGUCAGCACAGUGCUGGAACUCGCUUUGCAGACAAUCGUCGCCCUGCCGCUGCGUGGAGCAGCUUUGGGCAAGCUGCUCGAUGGCAUCAGCCAGGAGACCUCUGACAACGUGGCCUUCCAGGAGACGUGCCAGGCAUCCGCUUUCAGCAAGCACGAGCUGGCAUCGAGCCUCGAGGACCUCAAGACAGUUUGCAACGAGUCAAGGCGUUUGCUUUUGGAGGGCCGUGUGAUCUUCGCCGAACAGGUGAUUGCACUUGCACUCAAGUUGCCUCAAGACGAAGUGGUCAAGGCAAAACGAGUGCUUGAGGAUGUGCAUGCUGCCAUUGUUGGCAAGAAAGAUGGCUUGGAUGACAGCAUGAUUCAGCCUGCACUUUGGGAUGCGGCACAGAAUCUGAUGGGUACAAAGCCUGGCAAUGCCUGA